AUGGGUCAGCAGCAAUCUGCAUCCCGCCGUCAUCCACUGACAUCGCGCCAGUUGGCAGAAUCAGGAAACAAUGUGUCCAAGGCGGUGCGCCAGCACGUGCUGCACGGCGCAGCGACCGCCAACGACCAGCCAGACGCGUUGGGUGAAAGUCCCAGGUCGUCCGCAGCUGUUGCAGCGGAGGAUCCUUUUUCCGCAAGCGGCGGGUUAAUCGGGGGAGAGAGGUCGGCGGGGGAGGAGAGCGGGCGCGGGAUGGCAGAGAUGUGCGGAAUGUCGGUGCUGGAGGCGGUGGAAGAGCUGUCGGAGGCGGAGCUGCUCGAGUUCCGCGACUGGCUGACCUCCGCGUGGCGAUGCGCCAAGUGCGGCAACGAGCGGGAGGACUGGACGAGGCGCCAUCGCCUGAGAGCCAUCUUCGAAGCAGUGGGCAUGCACCAACCGUCCUCUGCGCCUCUCGCGACAGUCCAGCCUGCCUCCUCCUUGUCGUUUCCCGUUGCGCCUGCUCCGCCCAGCCCUCUGCUUUCCCCCACUCCCUCCGCGACGCCGCCAGUGCCCCCCCGGCGCCCGCCAGUGGGCAGUAACCGCCUGUCUCCCGCCAAUGCCUCGGCCCUCCCGCCCCUGUCCCCCACGUUCGGGUCGAGCCUAGACGCUCAUCCGCGCUCGUUCGGCAGCGCGGAGGCCCACGGGAAGGCGCACUUCACCCCGCACUCCGCGGCCGCACUCUCUCGCGCGCGCGACGAGGACGCGCAAGGCGCUAUAGAACAGGGGGGAGCUGGUGGCGGGCUGGUGGAAUGUACAGAUGAAGGGGCGGGCGGGGGAACGGGGAUGGCAGCGGGGGAGGCAGCGGAGGCGCGGACGGGGUACAAGCUGUGGGGGCGCAAGGGUGGCAGCGGCCGCAACGCAGACACGCUCGCGCUCGCUUCCCUCUCCGCCGCUGCAGCCGCCAGCGGAGGGAGCGGUGGCGGCUCUGCUGCCGCUGGUGGGGCGGGCGGGGGAGGCAUGCGCCCGCCGCCGUUGCGGCGCACUGUCACCGCCACCGCCGCAAUGACCUCCUCCCUGCUCUCCGCCGCCGCCGCUGCCUUCGCGUCCUCCGCGCACGACCUCCGCCCCGCGCAGUCCUCCUCGUCGGGAUCCAUUCCGCUCAUCCCCGUCGCGCGCACGCGUCCGCCCAGUAACGACUCUUCUGCCACGUCAGCAGAGAGCGCAGGAGCUGUCCCGCCUCCCCGCUCGCCCGUUCGCUCCGCGGACAAGCCCGCCUCGGGACCGCUCAAGGCGGCGCUGUCCAGUUCGGCAGGCGACGCGGGGGAUGUCCGCCCGCCCUCAGGCGCGCAGCGGUUCGCGCUGGGCUUUUCCAUCCCGCGCACCCACUCCGCCUCCCGCGCGCCCGCGUCUGGCAUUCCGUCGUCCACCCCGCCUCCUCCCUUACCCGCGUCAUCAUCGCUGUCAGCCACGUCAGCAGCUGGGGGCACGAGCCUUCAUAGGGGUUUGUCCGGCAGGUUGAAGGGCGCGCUGGGCGGGCUCGGGGGCCUGAGGCGCGCGCGGUCGGAUGCGGCGCAGCUGGCGGAAAUGAUGGCAGCGAGUGGGGACCUCGUCGGGGGGAACAGGGACGGGGGAGCGGAUGGGGGUGCAGCCGUCGGGGGGUUGGGGGAGAUUGAGCUGUUGGCGGCGACGGCAGAAGAGGGGGAAGGCGCGGAAGGCGGAAAGGGUGGCGCAGAGGGCGACAAGGGGGGGAGCGGGCUGGGCGGGCGGAGACGGCGAGGGCGGAAGAAGAGCUUGGGGCAGGUGGGGCGGAGCGUGAGUGUGCACGCGGGGGAGCAGAGCCCGUUCGGGGCGGGGAAUGGCGAGUAUGGGGGCGAGGGGGGCCGGAGCGCGCACAGCAGCUGCAGCAGCCAGCAAAGCCAGGCGGUUGUGGGGGGCAUUUCAGGCUGUCCCAUGGGGAUGGGCGUGGCGGCAGCAUCUGCAGCAGCAGCAGCAGCAGCAGCGCGGGAGGGCGGCAGCGGGCGGCGGCCCAUGCCGCGGUCGCUCAGCUACGAGACGGUGGCGCACGUGGAGAGCGACAGUGGGCGGGCGGGCAGAGGCGCCUGGUCGGGCGGGGGGGCCGAGCGGGUGGAGGGAGAUAAGGGGAGUCCGGGGAGAAGCAGUGGAGGGAGUGGGGGGGUGGAGGCGGGCAGGGGGGAAGCGGAGAGGGGGGAGGGUGGGAGAGGGGAAGCGGGGACGGGGGAUGUUUCAAUGGAUCGCAAGAUGCUGAGCGCCAUCACGACGGCACAGAUGCUGCUGCAAUCCGACCAGGUGACGCCCUGCCCAUGCCAUGCCCCAUCCUACACACCCCCUCGUGUCCACCACCCACUGUCUGCUCCUCAACUUGCUGCUUCUGCCUCCCUCUUCCCGUGCCUCCCUCUUUCCGUGCCUCCCUCUUCCCGUGCCUCCCUCUUCCCGUGCCUCCCUCUUCCCGUGCCUCCCUCUUCCCGUGCCUCCCUCUUCCCGUGCCUCCCUCUUCCCGUGCCUCCCUCUUCCCGUGCCUCCCUCUUCCCGUGCCUCCCUCUUCCCGUGCCUCCCUCUUCCCGUGCCUCCCUCUUCCCGUGCCUCCACUCAGCGGGGGCGGGGAGGGUGUUUGAGCACGUGCUGGGCGCGCUGCUGGACAUGACGGGGUCGCAGUUCGGGCUCAUCGGCUCCGUGCUCUUCCAGGCCAACGGCGCGCCCUACCUCAAGUCACACGCAGCAUCCAACAUAGCAUGGACGGAGGAUCUGCAGGCAUGGUACCGCGACAACUCACACCGCGGGCUGGUGUUCACCAACACCUCCAACCUGCUGGGCGCUGUGCUGCUCUCCGCCGCCCCUGUCAUCUCCAACCGCCCCGCCCUCGACCUGCGCUCUGGCGGCGUGCCCCCGGGCCACCCGCUGCUCUCGGCCUUCCUUGGCGUGCCCCUCAUCGUCGGCUCGGAGAUGAUAGGCAUGUACGCGCUGGCGAACAGGGCGGGGGGGUACAGCACGGCCAUGCUGCACGAGCUGGAGCCGCUCACAGCCAGUGCGGCCGUCAUGCUGCAGGCGGUGCACGAGAGGAAGCGCAAGCGCGACGCCGAGCUGCGCCUUCUCUCCGUCCUCCAGGUGGCACGGGAUGGGCUGAUGACGGUGGGGGGGGACGGGCGGGUGACGUGGAUGAACGGGGCGGCGUGUGGGCUGUUUGGGAUGGAGGAGCAGCACGGCCAGGCGGACGCCAUGGGGACGGGCGCGCUGCACGUCAAGGCCUUCAUCCAUUCCAUUGAGGGCUCGCCCCACUACCUCUCCCUCGGGCUGGAGUCGUUUGUGGGCCACAUGCGCCGCGCCACGGGCAUCAGGAUGCGGAAGAAGGCGGACCCGCAGAGGGCAGCAGAUACUGACUGCACCGUUGUCGCGGCGCCGAAAUGGCGGUACGUGCAGUGCAACAUCAAGGGGAUGCUGGCGAAGCGGGAAGAACAACGGGCCAACGGGUCGGCAGCGGCGGCGAAGACGAAGCAGCCGACGGGACGGACAGGCCGGGACAACAUGGAGGACGGGAUUUCGGGCGACAGUCGCAAGGCGUCGUCGAGCGACAAGAAUCACAUCACGCUGCGCAGCCGGCGCGUGCGCACGUCUGGAAGUAGCGAAAGCAGUGGUCUUUUGGGCGGCCGUCUCUUGGCCGGCAACGAGCCGCCCGUAACCGCUAUGUUCCCCGUGACAGCUGUCACUCAGAGUGCCGCCUCGGACGUCGAGCAGCCGCAUGGCGCCUCGCCGUGCGACAAGCGGCGGCAGUCCGGUGAGGAAGGGUUGAGCGUGUACAAGCGCCGCCGCAUGAGUUCCUUGCCGCCCGUCACGCACCCGCUCGCGUCGCUGCCCACCAAUGCCGUUAGGGUUAGCUCCGCUGCUCCGCCCGGCGGGGAGCAGAGCGCGGGAAGCACGGUGAGCACGGCUGGCGCGGAUGCAAAGGCGGAGUGGAGCAGCGGAGAAAGGGAAGCCGGCAGUAGGGACGCGCCUGCUGCUGCUGGCUUGUGCGCGCAAGAACCUCAGGCGCAGGCGCUCGCGCAGGGACAGGCGGAUCCACAGGCGUGCGCGCAGCCGUGCGAUGGGCGACAGGCAAUCGGGGAGUGGAUGGAGACCGUUGAUCCCGCUGGUCCCGCAGUGCUGGAGGUCGAGGUGGCGGGCGAGGUGGCGGUGGCGCUGCACCGCGUGCCCCCGCGCGCGCCGCCACCCGCGCGGCUUCUGCACCCGCCGGUGGCCUUUGAGAGCUCUGAAGAGCCAACCGCCCUGCGCCCUGCUGUGUGUGUGGUGGAAGCGGGAGGGGCCGCGGAGGUAGCGGCCGUGGCGGUGCUUGCGGCGAGCCCCGUGGCGGGGCAGACAGGCAGCCCGCACGACUCGCGCCACGAGCACGCGGACGGGGACUCGCUGGGAUGCGGCUCCGACUGCGCCAUCUGCUUCCGCGCGUCAGGGGAAGGGGAGGCAGCGGCGGUGGUGCAGAGCUGUGAAGACGGCGCUGCUGACACACGCGCUGGGGGGAAAGUGGGUGGAGACAAGGAGAGUGAGGACAAGGGGAGGGACGCUGAUAGUGGGGGCAAGGAGAGCGGUGGCACGGACGGCAGUGGAAAGGACGGGGGUGCGAAGGUCGCAGUUACCAUGCCAGGGCCGAACGGGAUCAUAUCUGGGGGGCCAGGAUCUUGUGCUCAAGCGUCCACUGCCCUGCCCGCCUUGUCCCCCAUUGCCCAUACCGGUUCAGGCGCACCCAAACCCGCGGGCGAGGCGGGCAGCCCGUGCGAAGCGGGCAGCCCUUGGGAAAUACCGGGGGCGGGCGGGCAGCAGAGAAGCGAGGGCAAGGCGGAAGGGGGCGAGAAGGGCGGGUUGGAGUGCGGCGUGGGAGGGGUGCAGGCGAGUGACAGGAUGGUGGCUGAGAAGGCUGAGGCAGUUUGUGGGGAGGUGAUGGAUACGCGCGAGCAGAUGGGUGGGGGGACAGGAGACGUUGGGCCCCGAGGAGGAGACAUCACAGCGGACGAGAACAAGGGCGGAGUGAGGGAAAGCGGUCUGAAAGACUUGGGCUCGGGCGAGGUUGACAUGAAAGUGCUUGUAGAGAUAGGGGGUGCUGCGGUGGUGAAGGAAGAAGGAAGCGGCGAUGCUGGGGGGGAUACAGGCAAGGCGAGCGUCGGCAGCAGAGGAAAGAAGGUUGGCAGCAGCGGUGGUGUGAAGAGGGAAGUUGAGGUGACGGUGAAGGUGGAGCGAUCAAGGAGUGAGGGUGGUGGUUUAGCAGAGGGGGAGGGCAGAGCAGUGAGAGGGAGUGGGAGUGAGGGAGGAGGGGCGGCGGCCAUGCUGGUGGAUGAUCCCGAGGAGGACGACCUCGCCUUCAGCAAGCGCCGCCUCUUCCCCGAUGGCCCCCCUCUGCCCGCUCCGCCUGCUGCUGCCCCCCGCCCUCCGCUUCCUCCUCCGCCUGCUCCCACUGUGCCCGCUGUUGCAGCAGCGCGGGUGCAGGUGAAGUGCGAGGUUAGUGAGAGCGAGGACGUGCCUGUGAAACGUGUGGUUGUGACUCAUGCCUCUGCACCUGCCGCUGCCAAGGCUGCUGCCCAUGCACAGCUGGACAAGAAGGGGGGGCAGCAGGUGCGGGAGGAGGCGGGAGGAGGGGUGGUAGCAGCAGCAGCAGGAGCAGGGCAGGGAGAGAAGAGUCGGCUGACGCCAAAGCGGCGGCGGCUGAUAGAGAGCUACGUGGACCGCCUCAUGGCCGACCUGCAGCGCCCUCAGUGGAUGGAGCUGCCAUUGGCUGGAGUGGAUCCUAGGGCUCUCAUUGGCCGUCUGUGCAAGGUGUACUGGCCGCUGGACGAGAGGUGGUACGCGGGGCUGGUGUAUGCGUAUGAUGCGCGCACGGGCAAGCACCAGGUGCGGGACGUGUGUGAGAGAGAAGAGGAGCAGGGGAGGGAGGAGGAAGGGGAGGACGAACGAAGCGGGGACGAGGGGGAGGAGGAUGAGGAAGAGGAGGUGGAGGUGGUGGGGGAGGGAGGGAAGGUGGCAAAGGGCGGCAAGGGGAGGGGGUGGAGGGGCAGGCGGGGAUGGCAUGGGCGGGGGCAGGGCGGGCGCGAGCUGGCGGAGCUGGCAGCGAGCAUGGCGCGCGACAUGGACCCUGCCCGCGCUGCUGUGCUGGCCGCUGCUGCCAUGCUCUCCGCCUCCACCCGCACUACUCCCAGAGACCACAAAGGCGCGGACCAGGGGGGUGCGCUCAAGGGCAAGGCGGAGGGGGCGGGGGCGGGGGCGGCGGCCGGUGCGGUGGCGGGGGCUGUUGGGUGGGAGGGCGCAGGGGGGCCGCUGGAGGAACUGAAGCUGGGGCGGUUUGGCGCUAAGGAGCUCGUGUGGGCUCGUGUCAAGGGGCACCCCGCAUGGCCGGCCAUGGUGUUGGACCCGGCAGUGGCGGAGCGAGUGGGGCUGCGGGCAGUGAGGGAGGGCGGGGCGGGGGAGGUGCUGGUGCACUUCUUCGGCUCCUACGAGUGCAGCAUCGUUGCUGCCUCUGCCGUCUGCCCCUUCCUGCUCGGACUUGCCAAGGGGCUGCACAACAAGAGCAAGGCCGCCUGCUUCAAAACCGCUCUUCACGAAGUCGAAAGGGCCCUCUCUUCUCUUGCACCCCGCUCCCCGCCGCUCCCCCUUCCCGGCAGGUUCCUGCUGGUGGAGGAGCUGCCGGCGAAAAUGGCGUUCCUGCAUGGGUCGGGAUCAGAGGAGGGCAGCGAGGAGGGCAGUGAGGAGUCGGGCAGUGAUGGGAGCAGUGCGGAGGGCAGCGAGGGGGCGAGUGAGGAGGGCAGUGAGCGGCAGAGUGGCAGCGGGGAGGGUGGCCAGAGCAGUGGGGAGGAGGGGAGGGGGGCAGCAGAGGCGGAGGAUGGGGAGGGGCGUGGGCACAAGGGGGUGAAGGCGGCAGGCAGUGGGGGCAGGGGUGGGGCGGAGGUGGGGGGGCGGGCGGCGGUGGUGGGAGGCAAGGUGAUGGAUGGGCGUGGCGUGGGGCAGGCAGGGGCGAGCUCAGAGCGGGGAGGAGAGGCAGAGGCGGACGGGGAGGGAAAGGUAGGGGAGGCGAGGAGGAGCGGAGUACAGGCAGCGGGGUCGGAUGCGGUGAUGGGGGGUGACUCGGGCACCACGGCCACGGCGAGUGCUGCCGGGCGAGCCUGGAUUCCACACGGCGCAGCACAUCUACCCUGUCGGCUACAAGGCUGUCCGCCCCUUCCCCUCCGCCCAAGGUACGUUCCGCCCCUUCCCCUCCGCCCAAGGUACGUUCCGCCCCUUCCCCUCCGCCCAAGGUACGUUCCGCCCCUUCCCCUCCGCCCAAGGUACGUUCCGCCCCUUCCCCUCCGCCCAAGGUACGUUCCGCCCCUUCCCCUCCGCCCAAGGUACGUUCCGCCCCUUCCCCUCCGCCCAAGGUACGUUCCGCCCCUUCCCCUCCGCCCAAGGUACGUUCCGCCCCUUCCCCUCCGCCCAAGGUACGUUCCGCCCCUUCCCCUCCGCCCAAGGUACGUUCCGCCCCUUCCCUUCCGCCCAAGGUACGUUCCGCCCCUUCCCCUCCGCCCAAGGUACGUUCCGCCCCUUCCCCUCCGCCCAAGGUACGUUCCGCCCACUUCCCCUCCGCCCAAGGUACGUUCCGCCCCUUCCCCUCCGCCCAAGGUACGUUCCGCCCCUUCCCCUCCGCCCAAGGUACGUUCCGCCCCUUCCGCCCCCGCUGCCCGACUUUUUAUCGGCAUCAUGCCAUUCUUCCUCUCCUCCUUCCCUUCCUCUCUCUUCCACACUCUCAAACCUCUGCUCUUUCCCCACGCCUUUUCCCUUUUCCAACCCCUGAAUUCCCUGCAGACCCGCCAGCAGCAGCAGCCUAAGGGGGGCAAGAAGCCACAGCAGAAGAAGCAGCAGCCUGGCGCCUCUGGGGGUGCUGCUGGAAACACACCGGUGCCUGGUGGUCCAAUCUUCCGAGUCACCCCAGAAGGCUCUGAUCCGGUGGAGGGCCCAUCACCCGGAGAGUGCUGGCGAAUCAUCCAGAGGCGCGUGGCGGAGGCCAAGCGCCUGCUGCUGCAGCACCUGCACCCGCCCAGCACAGGCGCAGGGGGAGGGGCAGGCGGAGGGGCAGGGGCAGUUACGGGGGCGGGGGCAGGGAGUGGAGGCACGGGGGGAGGGGAAGGGAGGGCGCAGAGGGGCGGGCCGAUGAUGGUGCCGCUGUCGGUGCUUCUGCAGCGAGGGGAGGGCAGCGGUGGUGCAGUGCUACGUGCUGCGGCAGAGGGGGCCAGUGGUGGCAGAGCAGGCGCGGAGGCAGAGGGGGGUGAUGGUAGCACGGCAGGGGCGGAAGCAGAGGCUGCGAGGGGUGAUGGGGGCAGAGCAGGUGCAGAGGCGGAGGAGCAAGAGAGAAUAGGAGCCCUAACGAGCGGUGCCAAUGGGGCGGAUGAUGGGCAGGCACAGAUGGAAGGCACUCAGGGCGCAGAGAGGGAUGGUGGGGGCGGGGGAAGAGAAGACGCUGUGGGGCAGGGAGGGGCAGAGGCGGAAGCAAUGGAGGUGGAUGGGGGCGGAGGGGACGAGAGGGGGGACGCAGCAGCAGGCGUCCAAGGGGGCUCGGCCCAGGGGGGGUUGCCUGCAGCGGACCCUCUCAGAUGGGCCUUCCCCCCCGCCUCUGCAGCGCGCCCCCUCGCCACCUCCCCCUCAUCUGCACCCCCGCUCACCCCCUCACCCCUGCGGCCGCCAUGGCAGGUGCUGCCAGCACAAGGCACGGGGGGUGGGGCAGCGCAUGGCAGUGGCAGCCCACGGUGUGGGGCCGAGUGUGGUGGGGUGAGUGGGGGGUGGGGCGGCAGUGGUGGCAGCUGUGGCAGCGGGGGCAGCAGGGGCAGCGGGCGGUGUGGGGCGUGGCUGCCGUCGCACCACGUGCGGUCAGGGGCACAGAUGUUCGGCCUCACCCACCCACGCGUGGCUCAGCUCAUUCAGAGUCUGCCCAACGCCACCCGCUGCCAGCAGUUCACCGCGUGGGUCAAUGCCCCUCGCCCCGCGCCUGCUUCCCACGCUGCGGACGCCAACAGGGGCGAGAGGGCGCGGCAGGCCAGUGCGCCGGCAAAGCAGCAGCAGGGGGAGGCGGCGCAGGGGGCGCGUGGGGGGGGCGCGGUGGUGAAGGAGUCGCGGUUGCCAGCGGGGUUCAAAGCGGUGGAACGGCAUCACUCCCCCGUGCAUGCGUGUGGGCAUAUGCACAUGCACGUCUGCAUGCUCAUGCACGUCUGCAUGCACAUGCACGUCUGCAUGCUCAUGCACGUCUGCAUGCACAUGCACGUCUGCAUGCUCAUGCACGUCUGCAUGCUCAUGCACGUCUGCAUGCUCAUGCACGUCUGCAUGCUCAUGCACGUCUGCAUGCACAUGCACGUCUGCAUGCACAUGCACAUCUGCAUGCACAUGCACGUCUGCAUGCACAUGCACGUCUGCAUGCACAUGCACGUCUGCAUGCACAUGCACGUCUGCAUGCUCAUGCACGUCUGCAUGCUCAUGCACGUCUGCAUGCACAUGCACGUCUGCAUGCACAUGCACGUCUGCAUGCACAUGCACGUCUGCAUGCACAUGCACGUCUGCAUGCACAUGCACGUCUGCAUGCACAUGCACGUCUGCAUGCACAUGCACAUGCUCAUGCACAUGCACAUGCACAUGCACAUGCACAUGCCCAUGCCCAUGCUCAUGCUCAUGCACAUGCACAUGCACAUGCCCAUGCCCAUGCUCAUGCUCAUGCUCAUGCUCAUGCUCAUGCUCAUGCUGAUGCUCAUGCUCAUGCCCAUGCUCAUGUUCAUGCUCAUGCUCAUGCCCAUGCUCAUGCUCAUGCUCAUGCUCAUGCUCAUGCUCAUGCUGAUGCUCAUGCUCAUGCCCAUGCUCAUGUUCAUACCACCCCCUGUGCGUGCACAUGAGUGCAUGCAGGAGUACGAGGACGAUCAGCUGCUGCAGUGCGACAGCUGUCGCAUCAUGGUCCACAUGGCGUGCUACGGCGUCAGAGAGCCGCCAGAUGGCGGGCUGUGGCUGUCAGCGCCCACUCCUUGUCCCCACCCUCCCAUCUUCUCCACCCCGUUUGUACCUCCUUUCUGUGACCUCCGCUCUGUGCCAACCGUGCUGGAUAGUUAA